AACAAACUCUAAACAGGAAGCAGUUAGCUAGCGGUUAGCGGCUGAACACAGAAGCAAGAGCAAUAACGUUACAUUUGCCCGUGAAAUGGCGUUUGUUUUUAUUUUGGGAACAGCUCAGUGAGGUACAUCUCCACUUAAGAAGAAAAUACAGUAAAUACAGUCUUGGAGAAUCGCAUCAAACUAGCUAACUCAUGUAAAAGCAAGUUGCCCCUGUUAACGUUAUUGAAGAGCUAGUAUGCUAACGUUAGCCAUUUUCUUUGUUAAUUGGCUGGCUAGCAAGCUGAAAUGUGUACCAGGCUACAUGUCAAUUUCCUCUUUUUUUUGCAAGCCUGUGUGUCUAGCUAACUAUUGAUUUAACUAGUUACCUAGCUAACUAACGUUAACGACGAAUUAGCUAACUAACGAGUUGAUUGCUAGCGAUGCAGAGUGACCCUGUGUGCAGGUGAGGUGUACACAGUUACGUUACUACGCAACGCCGGGUAUACAUCGCUUUUCUGACCGGGGUCGAAUGAACAUCCCUGGUCUGUGGUGCAGGAGCAGCUGUUGAGUUGUCAACGCCACGUUCGCGAGUUCCCGGCCAAAUCCUCAUUAUCAUAGACGUCCUACUGUGGAACUAAUUGUCUCUAUUUUCUACUUGAGACGAGUCUGAGAGAAGAACAAGAACAUCCAACCCGUGUUCGCAUCCAGGCGGUUGCCAUGCACCUGUAAUCCACUUCCUGUCAGCCAGGCCCGCUCAGCCACCCAGCCACCCAGGCACCCAGGCCCGCCCACCCAGGCUCAGCCACCCAGCCACCCAGGCCCAGCCACUCACAGUGCUCCGGUCCAGUGGGUCCCCAUGGAGCCCAGUAAUGACGUGGCGUUGGAUAUCAUAAUCACCAACGUGGUGGCCGUUUUCAGGACACGCUGCCACCUCAACCUGCGCACCAUCGCUCUGGAGGGGGUCAACGUAAUCUUUAAACCUGAAUAUGGGAAAGUCCUGAUGAAACUACGCAAACCCAGGGUCACCGCUUCCAUCUGGUCUUCAGGGAAAAUUAUCUGUACUGGCGCUACCAGCGAGGAUGAGGCUAAGCAGGGAGCCCGGAGGUUAGCUCGCACCCUACAGAAACUGGGCUUCAAGGUGAGGUUCUCAGAGUUCAAGGUGGUGAACGUCCUGGCUGUGUGCUCCAUGCCCUUCGCCAUCCGACUCAUCGACUUCACCAAGAACAACCGGCCCAUCGCUAGCUAUGAGCCAGAGCUCCACCCCGCUGCCACCUACAGGAUCAAAACCCUCAAGGCCACCGUCCAGGUCUUCUCUACUGGCAGCCUUACCAUCACAGGACCGAAUGUGCAGGCUGUAGCCACGGCUGUAGAGCACAUCUACCCCAUGCUGUUAGAGUGUCAGAAACCCCUCCGCAAAUAACAGACACGGAAAAACAAGAACGAAAUGGAGAGAGAAAGACAGAGGCUGAAAGCACCUUAUCCAUUGGAUGCAUUGUAUUAUCCUCAACUUAUCUGCCUGGCAACAGUCUGGGCCUUUGUCCUGAUUGGCUGGAUUUGACCAGGAAGUCAGAAAGGCAGCUUCCGUCCUCCUACUGUCUAAUGACCUGUUGUCUUGGUGACAGCUACGCCCUCUGAACUUUGACCCUGGAUGACCUCUACAGUAUGACCUCUAACCUUUCACCUUUAGCAGCCAGCCAGCCAGCCAAUGAUGGCUGCUCCAGUGACUGAUUCACACUAGUAGAAGGGGCGGGGCUCUCCAAGCCAACCAUGAUUCCUUAGUUUUCAGUUGUAUUAUUUUAGAUUUGAUGAUGUCACGGGCUGUGUUCCAAAUGACCGCCUAUUCCCUAUAUAGUGUACUACUUUGAAGGGCCCUGGUCUAAAGUAGUGCACUAUGUAGGGAAUAGGCUGCCAUUUGGAACACAAAGGGGGUUUUAAUGCAUGGGCAGGAAGACAAGUUUUCAACGUGACCUGUCCCACACAACACACCAAGGGGUUUUAACAGAACGUGACGUAACAGACAUUUCCAUAAGAAACUUUUAAAGUCCCAUUUUGACCGUGACGUUGAACAGAGCAUUGUUUUUUUUUUAGACCCUAUAUUCGUCUGCUCUCUCUUCAAAUCACUGGGAUUGCAAAACUUCCUGUAACUUUCCACACAUUUCCAGGUUCUCCAAAAAUCUUGUUUUCGAGGAUUCCAGAUGACCUGUUUUCUUCCAUCCUUUUCUGGGAAAACGUCCAACCGGGAUUUGUUGAAAACCUGUGAAUUCUGGGAGAGUUGCCGGUGUUAUGCAACCCGACAUGUCCCCUUUAACUACAGAUCAGAUGUUUUCAGUCCACCUUGGUAGUCUUUUACUUGAGAUGCGUCUUCUGGAAGACUCCGUCCGUGAGUUGUUCAGGCUGGGGCUUUGAAGACUUGACAGGCUGUUGUUAUUGAUGUGUGGAGAGAAACGCCUGCUGGAAUGGGAAAUGCAGGCUUGUCCUAUUCCUGUCCUGAUUGUUGUAUGGUUAAACUUUUUUUGUAUUUUAUAAAAAUAAAAAAAUUAUUAAAAAAAGGAAAGUAACAAUAAAAUAGGGUAACCAGAGGAAUUGA